GUGAGAGACUACAUAUCACACACACAACACCUACCUUUUCAUUUCUUUCUUGAUAAUAUCACCCUCUUUUUCUCACUAAAAUCCACCUUGUUUGCCUAUUGUCUAAAUAAUAAAUAAUAAUAUUAAAAAAAGAAAAUAUCUUAUUGUAUGGCCAGCCGGAAAAUCACCACCAGCUUCCUUAACCAGAUCCGUACAUCUUCUUCUCCAUCUCUCAUUCUCAGGAGGGUUGUACAUGUGUCAGUGUACGACAAGCACGUAGACGAUCAGGUCCGUCCAACAUUCGUCCCAGAAGAAGCGAUCACCCGAGCUGAAUCAGAAACUGACUGGGUACCACACCCAAAGACUGGUGUUUUCGGGCCAGCAGAUGAGCAAAACCCAAGUGGUGCCUACAGGACUGUGCCAGCAGCAAAGAAUGGUUCGGUAUUGGGGGAGAAGGCCUUCUACCGUCCAUCAGAGAACCUUGAUAAGCCGAUGCACCCUUAAGAGUUACCAAAAGCCUGACUUUCCUCAUUCUAGUAGUAAUCAGGGGAGGUCUAUAUAAAGGUUUGAUGGUAGCAAGUAUGUUAUUGUAUAUGUUUUUAGUAAGGAAUAAAAGCUGGAGGUUAUGGUGGUGUAGUAAAGGCAGUGAUUGUGGUUUGUGGGAUGUAAUGUAAGUAAGACAUUUUGGAGCCUGAAAUAUGUGGUAUGCAUCUUGUGGAA